UUAUUUGCACCAAAACCGAUAAUUUAUCCAUUUGAUGCUGCGUUACGUCGUGUUACAAGACUUUUCUUGGAUACAAUGGUCGUCGUGUUGAUCCUUUUGCUUCUGUGCACCACGUCUUCGGGUUGGAAUCCUACCGUGUGUUCGAGGAAUUACUUAAGCGAUAAACCACUCCGAUGCUAUGCUUGCAAGAGUGAGGACGCUUUCAUAAGGCACGAUUCGAGCGAUUCGGAAAUUUAUUCUUGCGAGAGCAACCUCGGAUUUGUUACAACAUGCGAUGUUGGUGAGGCCUGCGAAACUACUUUCAAACGAGGU